AUAAAGCCGAUACCGUUCAUCGAAGUCAACACUCAAUCAACAACGUUCGGUGACUUCAACACACAAAAAGCAAAAAAAAAAACUUAUUUAUUUACAAUGGCAUUCAAAUCUGUCGCCGUAUUCGCUUGUGUGCUGGUCUCAGCUCUCGCCGCACCCCCAGCGUACCCAGCGCCCGCUGCUUACUCGGCACCAGCCCCGUACUCCGCACCCAAAUCCUACGCCGCUGAACCCGCAUACGCCCCAGCCCCAUACAACUUCGAAUACAGCGUACACGAUGACGCCACCUACGACAUCAAGAGCCAAUCCGAAUACAGCGACGGCAACGGAUACGUCAAGGGAUCCUACAGCCUGGUCGAACCUGACGGCACCAAGAGAAUCGUCGAAUACACCGCUGACGACUACAACGGUUUCGUCGCCGAAGUGAAGAAAGAAGGCACCCCAUCUUACAGCUCCGCCCCGGCCUACAAGCCCGCGUACAAGGCACCAGCUGCCUCAGCCUACUCAGCUGCCCCGGCUUACCCAGCUGCACCAGCCUACUCCGCUGCCCCAGCCUACUCCGCUGCCCCAGCCUACUCCGCUGCCCCAGCCUACUCUGCUGCCCCAGCCUACAAGCCAGCUUACUCUGCUCCGGCUUACUCUGCCCCAGCCUACAAGCCAGCUUACAAGCCAGCUUACUCCGCCCCGGCUUACUCUGCACCGGCUUACUCCACACCAGCUUACCCAGCUGCCCCAACUUACCCAGCUGCUCCAGUUUACCCAUCUGCCCCAUUUACAAUGGCAUUCAAAACCGUCACCGUCUUCGCUUGCGUGCUGGUCUCAGCCCUUGCCGCACCCCCAGCGUACCCAGCUCCCGCUGCUUACCCAGCGCCCGCUGCUUACCCAGCACCCGCUGCUUACUCGGCACCAGCCCCGUACUCCGCACCCAAAUCCUACGCCGCUGAACCCGCAUACGCCCCAGCCCCAUACAACUUCGAAUACAGCGUACACGAUGACGCCACCUACGACAUCAAGAGUCAAUCCGAAUACAGCGACGGCAACGGAUACGUCAAGGGAUCCUACAGCCUGGUCGAACCUGACGGCACCAAGAGAAUCGUCGAAUACACCGCUGACGACUACAACGGUUUCGUCGCCGAAGUGAAGAAAGAAGGCACCCCAUCUUACAGCUCCGCCCCGGCCUACAAGCCCGCGUACAAGGCACCAGCUGCCCCAGCCUACUCAGCUGCCCCGGCUUACCCAGCUGCACCAGCCUACUCCGCUGCCCCGGCCUACAAGCCAGCUUACUCCGCUCCGGCUUACUCUGCCCCAGCCUACAAGCCAGCUUACUCUGCCCCGGCUUACUCUGCACCAGCUUACCCAGCUGCUCCAGCAUACCCAGCUGCCCCAGCAUACGGAUACUCCACCCCAGCACCAGCGUACGGAUACUCCACCCCGGCUUACAAGGCCUCAUACGCCGCCCCGGCUUACAAACAAUACUAAUUCCAAAUAAAUUGUAGGAACAAAUAAAUUAUUAUAUUUUCGUGUAAAUAAAAUUCAAAAUUGCCAUUAAUUGAA